CAAGGAUCGUCAAGCCCGUUUCACUCUGAAAGCAAUGCAGGAUUCUGUACCACUGCUCAAACUUCUCUGCUGUGUAGGAAUUAUGCAGCAAAUGAUGGGUGACCCAAGUGACGAUGACCUCAACCCUGCUUAUCACGAAUCCCCCUGUGCUCAGGAGAAUCAGGAUGAAGAUGUGGGAAAAGGAGCCAAUGUUGCUGUCUUUGAAACUGUCCCAGUGGAGGAGAAAGCGAAAGCAGUGAAGACUGACACAGAGCAGAAUAUGAUGUCAUUUUCUUUGUCACCUGUUGAUAUGAGUGUGCCAAUGGCAUUUCCAUAUUCAGAAACACUCAUAUGUGAACCUCUGAAAAAAUCACCUAACACAGACACAGAAAAAGCGAAGUCCUUUGCUGAUUCUGUAAAAUCUGAUUUGAUGGAAACCUCUGGAUUUGACCAAGAGAAAGCAGGUGGAGAUGGGAGGAAAGCAAAGAAGACUUUAAUUUCAUAUCUCACAGUCCAGCCCAAAAAAAUGACUCAAUCGCCUGUUUUUCCAGAGACCACAGACAAGCUUGACGCUCAAAGCAAACCUCAAAGCAUGAGCAUGAGAAAUGCAGAUUCAAUGGCAGACAGUACUGAGCCCUUGCCAACAUCAUUGGUUUCAAGCACAACAGAGAUUAACAUUUCAAUGAACACAAAGCCAACAGAAACAUCUAGAAGAAACGCAGCCGAUACUUUAGAUGAUGCAUCACAGACGAAAUCCAUUGAGUAUCCAGUCACUGCAGCAGCUCAAAACCUGACCAGCACCUCAAUCGAUAAAGUAAAGUCACAGGAGGAAACUAAAGAAAUCAGAGCAACUAGUCGACCCACAACAACAGGGCAAACGCAACCCGUGGCAAUUACUCCGCAAAUGCCGUUUCAUCAGUCUGGAAGUCCCAAGACUACGGGAAAGAAAACUAGUGGUGCCCUGAUAAGAGGAGAAGAGCGAAAAGAUCAAGAGACAACAGAUUCAGACACGACUCCACAGAUUAGACUGGAGGAUCUCAGAUAUACAAGUGAACAAAAAACACCUGUGAACAGAGAAUCAGAGUCUGAUGAUUGUUUUUUGGGGGAUAUUUUUACCUGUUUGGAACGUCUUACCACUGUGGUAAAUACUACAGCAGAGACUAACUCCCCUCAGUUGCACAGAAGCAUACCCAGAGAAGAAGGACCGUUGCGUCAAUCAGGCCUCAGAGGUCCAAGGGGAUAUCCAGGUCCACCUGGUUUACCAGGCCAACCGGGUGACAAAGGAGAUAAAGGUUAUGCAGGAGUGAUGGGCCGAACAGGCCAGACAGGGUACAGGGGACCAAUCGGGCCUCCCGGCAUGCCUGCUAUCAUCGUCUGGUACUCGUCAGAGGAAGAAUGGCAAGCGUUUAAGAGCAAGAAAUUUUACAAAAAACUAGUGUCACUGUGGCCGAGAGUAAAAGGAUUACCAGGACCAAUGGGACCACCGGGAGAUGCUGGACCACCUGGCCCUUCUGGAGUUUCAGGCAAGCAAGGGAGGAAGGGAAAGCAAGGGAAACUCGGGAGAAAAGGACCAAUUGGAAUGCCAGGGCCACCAGGGAGAGCAGGACCGGAGGGCACAGCUGGAAAGGAUGGGGAAACAGGCCCACCAGGACCACCUGGGGAAGAUGGCCCAAAAGGUUAUAAUGGAGAGAAGGGCAAUAAAGGGGAGCUGGGUGAGUGGGGUGAUCUUGGUGAGAUAGGACCUCAGGGAGUCAAAGGAAUCGAAGGAGAGAAGGGAAAGAAAGGAGAGAAGGGUCUGGCUGGGGUAAUAGGAUAUAAUGGGCUGCCUGGACCCAGAGGACCACGGGGAUUCAUGGGGCCACCUGGUGCACCUGGACAGAAAGGGGGUAUUGGGUUCACAGGAUCACCCGGACCUCCAGGCCAUAUGGGGCCGAGAGGACAAAAGGGAGUUCCAGGUGUCAACGGACCUCCUGGACAGCUAGGCGAGAUUGGGCCAAGGGGACCACCUGGCAAACCAGGAGAGGAAGGGCACGCUGGUGUUACUGGUAUUCUGGGUGUUCUUGGACCUCAGGGCAAACCAGGAGGCGAUGGACCACCAGGUCAAAAAGGAGACCGUGGAGAUGUGGGAAUUGAGGGAAGCAUUGGAGGUCCAGGACCACCGGGUAUAAAAGUAAGCCUGCGGUUGACUCUUAAUGAAGAGUUAUGA